UGUGUGUAGGGAAGGGAGCUUAGACCGAGUUUGGUUGCAAGUUGGACCAAAGUAAAACAAACAAAAUGUCUUUUAAGCUUUCAAAAUCCAUAAGUAGCUAGUAUUUAAACGCCACGCGAUCUUCGUCAUUCUACUAAAUCCAGUGCCUGCGUACUCAUCCAUUUUUUGACUUGAAGGUUUUACCAUAUAUAUAGAACUAAGAGAAUUGUUGGAGAGUUAGAGAAGCCAAAACAUGGAUAGGAAAGGCCGGAAAUUGGUACUCUUUCCACUGCCCUGUCAAGGUCAUAUAAACCCCAUGCUUCAGCUUGCCAAUAUUCUCUAUUCCAAAGGCUUCUCCAUCUCUAUCAUUCAUACUUCUUUCAACUGUCCCAACCCUUCCAACUAUCCACAUUUCACUUUCCACUCGAUCGGCGAAGGCUUAUCCGAAAGUGAGGCCUCCAUCCACGAUGGUUUCGCUUUUCUUUCGCUGCUUAAUACCAAAUAUGUCGAUCCAUUUAGGGAAUGUUUGGGUAGGAUGCUAUGCGAUGUUUCAGAGGAGCCUGUUGCUUGUUUGAUUUCAGAUGCUACUUUUUACUUCACUCAAGCAGUUGCUGAGAGUCUUAAGGUUCCAAGGAUUGUGCUUAAGACUGAGAGUGCCUCGUCUUUUCUUGUUUUUGCUGCGUUGCCACUUCUGCGGGAAAGGGGUUACAUCCCAAUACAAGAUUCUCGUCUGGAAGAGCCAGUGGUCGAAUUUCCACAUCUCAAAGUCAAGGACCUUCCACUGGUUGUCACCUCAACACCAGAAGUAUUUUAUCAAGUUAUAGACUCCGUAGUAAGUGAGACCAAAGCCUCCUCAGGACUCAUUUGGAACACUUUCGAAGAGCUCGAACAUUCUGAACUGACCAGAAUGCGCAAUGAAUUUCCCAUUCCUAUUUUCCCAAUUGGCCCAUUUCACAACGCCUCCUUUUCUAAUUCUUCUUCAAGCAGUUUGACACCAGAAGAUAAGAGCUGCAUUUCCUGGCUAAAUACUCAGCCUCAUAAAUCUGUAAUCUAUGUGAGUUUCGGAAGCAUUGCAGAUCUAAAUGAAGCAGAGUUUUUAGAGGUAGCUUGGGGACUAGCCAAUAGCAACCAACCCUUUUUGUGGGUGGUUCGACCCGGAUUGGUCAAUGGGUCGGAGUGGCUUGAAUCAUUACCAAAUGGGUUCCUAGAGAAUUUGAAUGGAAGAGGUAACAUCGUGAAAUGGGCUCCUCAACAGGAAGUUCUGGCUCAUCCUGCUGUUGGAGCAUUUUGGACCCAUAAUGGUUGGAAUUCAACAAUGGAGAGUAUUAGGGAGGGCGUGCCAAUGAUUUGUAUGCCUCGUUUCGGUGACCAAUUGGUGAAUGCAAGAUAUGUGAGCCAGGUCUGGAAGGUGGGAUUGCAGUUAGAAAAAGGGUUGAAAAGAGGCUACAUAGAGAAAACCAUUGAAAAACUAAUGGUGGAGAAAGAAGGGGAAGAAAUAAGAUUCAGAAUCUCAAAGUUGAAGGAGAAGGCUAAUCUUUGCUUGAAACAAGAUGCUUCUUCAUAUAAAUCCUUGGAAAGCUUAGUUAGCCACAUUUCAUCCUUAGGAUAAUUUACUUUUCUAACUCAGCGUUCAUGAAUCUUCUGGUUUGAUGUGUUUCCUAAUGUAGUUUGUUCAUUUCGUGUGCCAAGUGGACCAGUAUGUGGAGUUUCAUAAUAAUUUGUUGAUUUACAUUGUUUCUAUAUGUUGAACAAGGAGCAUCAGAAAUUAAACAUAAUAUGAAUGUAAUUUUCCUCUUUUCGUCA